AUGGCGAAGAAAUUUGUUGCAGUGUUUGUGAUGUGCAUUGUUGUUCUGGCGGCAAUGCACGUUCAUGAGGCUGUAGCGGAUGAAGAAGUGUACAAGUCAUGCUACGAGCCCUGCCACAAGGAUUGCUCAGCCGAAGGCAAUGGCUACACCUUCUGUGAAAUGAAGUGCGACGUUGAUUGUGGUGCAAAAGAGCUUGCAGCUAAAUUUGAUAAUGUCAAGUCUUAA